AUGUCUCUUACCUGGCGUAUCUCAGUCAACGGGGAGGCUGAUAGCCCUGAAGACUAUCUCUCAACUGCCUUGGGCGUCAUCUUCCCCGACGAUAUCACGAAUCAACAUGGCGAUGCGGAACACAACCUCUCAUAUGCCUCACCCCAUCUCCCCAAGCCCCUUGUUAUCGACCUCGCCGACCCUGUAAAGGAGGAUGACCGCAAGCUGUUCUCGCAUUACCUCUGGAAUGCUUCACUCCUGCUCGCAGAGUUUAUCGAGGCCGACUCUCUCAGCAUUCCUCUUGAGAACCCUCGUGAGGCACAGGAUAGCAUUUCAUUCAACGUGAAGGGGUUGGAGACUCUUGAGCUCGGAGCUGGAACCGCGUUACCGAGUAUCAUGGGUGGCCUGCUAGGCGCAAAGCGUGUCGUUGUCACAGACUAUCCAGCUGAGCCCGUCCUCAAAACCCUUCGCACCAACGUCGCUCGCAACAUCCAACCCUCUCUAUCACCCGCUGGUGCUGAGGCAACUCCCUCCUCUGCAGUCUCCGUCCAGGGCCAUUCCUGGGGUGAGCUCGAUGACACUUUCAGCACAUCAGCUGCUCACUCGUUCGACCGUGUCAUUGCCGCCGAUUGUCUCUGGAUGCCUUGGCAACACCAGAACCUUCACCGCUCCAUCGCCCACUUUCUCAAGCAAACCCCUGAGGCUAGGUGUUGGGUUGUCGCUGGUUUCCAUACUGGCCGAACAAAGAUGAGCGGGUUUUAUGAUGCAGCGGCGCUUCAGAAGGUCGGACUCGAGGUUGAUAGGAUCUGGGAGAGAGAUUGUAACGGCGAGGAGAGGCCAUGGGAUACUGAACGUGAGGACGAUGUUACGGUGCGCAAGAGGUGGCUCGUCGUCGCUUCGCUGAAGUGGAUUUCAACCUCAUGA